CUAUAACUACCCAAUAUUGCAGCCAUGGAGUCCAUGCUUAAUAAAUUGAAGAGUACUGUUACAAAAGUAACAGCUGAUGUCACUAGUGCUGUAAUGGGAAAUCCCGUCACUAGAGAAUUCGAUGUUGGUCGACACAUUGCCAGUGGUGGCAAUGGGCUAGCUUGGAAGAUUUUUAAUGGCACAAAAAAAUCAACAAAACAGGAAGUGGCUGUUUUUGUCUUUGAUAAAAAGCUGAUUGACAAGUAUCAAAAAUUUGAAAAGGAUCAAAUCAUUGAUUCUCUAAAACGAGGAGUUCAACAGUUAACUCGGCUAAGACACCCUCGACUUCUUACUGUCCAGCAUCCUUUAGAAGAAUCCAGGGAUUGCUUGGCAUUUUGUACGGAACCAGUUUUUGCUAGUUUAGCCAAUGUUCUUGGUAAUUGGGAAAACCUACCUUCCCCUAUAUCUCCAGACAUUAAGGAUUAUAAACUUUACGAUGUAGAAACCAAAUACGGUUUGCUUCAGGUUUCUGAAGGAUUAUCAUUUUUGCAUAGCAGUGUGAAAAUGGUUCAUGGGAAUAUUACUCCUGAAAAUAUAAUUUUGAAUAAAAGUGGAGCCUGGAAAAUAAUGGGUUUUGAUUUUUGCGUAUCAUCGACCAAUCCUUCUGAACAAGAGCCCAAGUUUUCUUGUAAAGAAUGGGACCCAAAUUUACCAUCAUUAUGUCUUCCAAAUCCUGAAUAUUUGGCUCCUGAAUACAUACUUUCUGUGAGCUGUGAAACAGCCAGUGAUAUGUAUUCUUUAGGAACUGUUAUGUAUGCUGUAUUUAAUAAAGGAAAGCCUAUAUUUGAAGUCAACAAACAAGAUAUUUACAAGAGUUUCAGUAGGCAGUUGGAUCAGUUGAGUCGUUUAGGAUCUAGUUCACUUACAAAUAUACCUGAAGAAGUUCGUGAACACGUAAAACUACUGUUAAAUGUAACUCCAACUGUAAGACCAGAUGCAGAUCAAAUGACAAAGAUUCCCUUCUUUGAUGAUGUUGGUGCAGUAACACUGCAAUAUUUUGAUACCUUAUUCCAAAGAGAUAAUCUUCAGAAAUCACAGUUUUUCAAAGGACUGCCAAAGGUUCUACCAAAACUGCCCAAGCGUGUCAUUGUGCAGAGAAUUUUGCCUUGUUUGACUUCAGAAUUUGUAAACCCUGACAUGGUACCUUUUGUUUUGCCCAACGUUCUACUCAUUGCUGAGGAAUGCACCAAAGAAGAAUAUGUCAAAUUAAUUCUACCUGAACUUGGCCCUGUAUUUAAACAGCAGGAGCCAAUCCAGGCUAGCAACAUGAUUUUGUUAAUUUUUCUACAAAAAAUGGAUUUGCUACUAACCAAAACUCCUCCUGAUGAGAUAAAGAACAGUGUCCUACCAAUGGUUUACAGAGCACUGGAAGCUCCUUCUAUUCAGAUCCAGGAGCUCUGUCUAAACAUCAUCCCAACCUUUGCAAAUCUUAUAGACUACCCAUCCAUGAAAAAUGCUUUGAUACCAAGAAUUAAAAAUGCCUGUCUACAAACGUCUUCCCUUGCUGUUCGUGUAAAUUCAUUAGUGUGCUUAGGAAAGAUUUUGGAAUACUUGGAUAAAUGGUUUGUACUUGAUGAUAUCCUACCAUUCUUACAACAAAUUCCAUCCAAGGAACCCGCGGUCCUCAUGGGAAUUUUAGGUAUUUAUAAAUGUACUUUUACUCAUAAGAAGUUGGGAAUCACCAAAGAGCAGCUGGCUGGAAAAGUAUUGCCUCAUCUGAUUCCCCUGAGUAUUGAAAACAAUCUUAAUCUUAACCAGUUCAAUUCUUUCAUUUCCGUCAUAAAAGAGAUGCUUAAUAGAUUGGAGUCUGAACAUAAGACUAAACUGGAGCAACUUCAUAUAAUGCAAGAACAGCAGAAGUCUUUGGACAUAGGAAAUCAAAUGAAUGCUUCUGAGGAGACUAAAGUUACAAAUGUUGGGAAUCAGCAGAUUGACAAGGUUUUUAACAACAUUGGCACAGACCUUCUGACUGGUGGUGAAUCGGAAAAUAAAGAGGAUGGGUUACAGAAUAAACAUAAAAAAGCAUCACUUACACUUGAAGAAAAACAAAAAUUAGCAAAAGAACAAGAACAAGCACAGAAGUUGAAAAGUCAGCAGCCUCUUAAACCCCAAGUACACACACCUAUUGCUCCAGUCAAACAGACUAAGGACUUGACAGACACAUUGAUGGAUAAUAUGUCAUCUUUGACCAGCCUUUCUGUUAGUAACCCUAAACUUUCUGCUUCAAGUACCUUCACUUCUGUUCCUUCCAUGGGCAUUGGCAUGAUGUUUUCAACACCAAUUGACAAUACAAAGAGAAAUUUGACAAACGGCCUAAAUGCCAACAUGGGCUUUCAGACUUCAGGAUUCAGCAUGCCAGUUAAUACAAACCAGAACUUCUUCAGCAGUCCAAGCACAUCUGGUAUGAACAAGAUGACUCUGGGAGCACCUCUUACUUUGCCAAACUUCAGUGCUCCUGCUGUUGUGAAGCAGACCCAGCAAAGAUCCACAGAUAUGUCUGCUCUUAAUAAUCUCUUUGGCCCUCAGAAACCCAAAGUUAGCAUGAACCAAUUAUCCCAACAGAAACCAAAUCAGUGGCUUAAUCAGUUUGUACCUCCUCAAGGUUCUCCAGGUCUGGGCAGUUCAGUAAUGGGAACACAGAUGAACAUGGUAGGACAAUCUGCCUUUGGUAUGCAGGGUAAUCCUUUCUUUAACCCACAGAACUUUGCACAACCACCAGCUACUAUGACCAAUAGCAGUUCAGCUAGCAAUGAUUUAAAAGAUCUUUUUGGGUGA